UAUGGAAAAAAGAAAUUCCCGACGAUGCAUCUCCGCAAUGCAUCUCCAAGAUGAACAAUGAGAAAAAUUAUCUGCGAUGUCGAGCAUCCUGUCUCGUAUUGAUAACGCGAGAUGUUCAUAUACACAUACGGUGCCGUCGAGUUCAUCAGUCCGAGUUUUACAAUAACGAAUCGCUCGUGCGAGCAAAAGAACGAGAAAACCAUGAGACACGUUGGCAGCAUAAUUCUUAUAAACACAAUCCUCGUAACGGUUGUACAAACGUUGACGAUGAUGUCGACAUUCGACAUCGAAUCGGGAUGCACCAUGACCACCAGACGACUGACGGAACAAUAUGUCCCCUACACGGAAACGUACCGGGCACGAGCUUGGGGCAUUUUCACUAAAAUAAAGUCUCGAACAAACUACAAAGUCCAACACAACUGGGUGACCGAGAAAACGUGUUGCUACGGUUGGACAGUGCAGGGCACAGCCUGCGUGCCUGUGUGCCUGAUCUCUUGCGUGAACGCAAAGUGCGUGAUGCCAAAUACGUGCGAGUGCAAGCAAGGAUUCGCGUACGCACCGAAUGAAGAGAAGUACGUAUGCGAGCCGGUGUGCGAGGGCAACUGCACGAAUGGCGUUUGCGUGUCUCCUGAUCGUUGCGAAUGCGACAGAGGCUACGAACUGUCUGUUGACAGGUCGCAAUGUCUGCCGAUCUGCCAGCAAAACUGCGACGAACGUAACGCGCGUUGCGUCGGGCCGAACACUUGCGCCUGCCAGCCAGGAUACCAACAGGAUAACGACACAAACAGUUGCGAACCGAUCUGUAGCGAGUCCUGCGCGAAUGGUAGUUGCGUCGCGCCGGAAGUGUGCAACUGCAACCCAGGUUACGAGUUACUGGCAGAUUCCAAAUACGUUUGCGGCCCGGCUUGCGAGAACGCUUGCGUGAACGGAAACUGCACGGCGCCCAACGUCUGCUCCUGCCACGACGGCUACAAACUCGGCGAGGGUAACGCGACGAUGCAACGCGAAUGCCAGCCAAUCUGCGAGAAACCAUGCGGAAAUGGUACGUGCGUCGCGCCAGGGGUCUGCAACUGCACGGAAAGUUACUGGUUCAAGGAAGAGGAGCAAACGUGCGUGCCUAGUUGCAAAAUUCCUUGCGAGCCUCGCGGAGUGUGCGUGGCACCAGACACUUGCGCUUGCUUCGAUGGAUAUCGAAUGAUCGAUACGAGCGCGAAGGAGAACGAAGUAUCGAAUAACAUCACGGAUGAGUAUACAUCAGCUUGUGAACCGAUCUGCGAGCCAAGCUGCAAACACGGUAAAUGCACAGCGCCGAAUUUUUGCUCUUGCAUCGGCAACCACACGCAAACCGUGGACGGUCAAUGCGCACCGAUCUGUCCCUCGUGCGAAAACAGUGUAUGCGUCGAACCGGGCGUGUGCCAAUGUUUGAAAGGUUUCGUCAGGAGAGCCGAAGAUCACUGUUUGCCAUUCUGCGAGAAUGGAUGCGAGAACGGCGAGUGCGUCGCACCGAACGAGUGUCGAUGCAACGCUGGUUUCGAAACGAACGCGAACGGCACCUGCGUUAAACCGUGCACACGCGUUUGCAAAGGCCACGCAUUGUGCGUGGAAGAUAAGUGCGAAUGCUCUUACGGAUGGGCAGGACGGGACUGUGACCAACCCACUGUGUGUAUUUUAACAACGGACUCGAACAAUACACAUCUCGAUGGACUUGCGGUUCACAACGAGACGAAUAGCACGUUAAUGAACGUCAAACGUUACGCGCCGUACUGUUACCAAUGCAACGAGACAGCCAGCAAUAAAAGUCUCUGUUUCGUUAUAACUUCCAACGAUAGUCUAUCGACGCUUGGCUGCUUCGUCGAAAGAGAAUCGCCGUGUUAUCCAUCACCGUAUCAUAGUAACACCGACGCAGUGUCCAGGAUGGCUGGAACGUUUGCAACAGUUGCGAUCUUAAUAAUGGCGGCUACGACAACGGCGGUGUACUUCACAAUCCGCAGACAUCGGAGGAAAAAGAUGCACGCAGCCACCAUGCAGACUGCACUGUAUCCAAAGGCUAUCACACACGAAGCGAACGAGUGUCUCAUUUCGGAGGAGGAAAGUCACGAUGCACUGCUCACGUUGAAUUUGAACGACAUCGGGAUAAAUUAGAACGAAGGAGAAAAAAAUACUUUAAGAACGCCCCGAAGAAACAGAUAUCAUCGCGUGACGAACGAAAUACCUCGUAACGCGAGUGUUCACUUUUUUAUUAUUAUAGAAUGUACGAAAAUAUUGUACGAAAGAGAAACAACAAAAAAAAA